AUGUUUUGUAUACAAAUCAGAACUUGUUAUACAUCAGAGAUCUCACACACAGGGGAGAAGCCGUAUUGCUGUCCUGAGUGCGGGAAAUGUUUUUCACAGAAGUCCCAUCUUUCCAGACAUCAGAGAUCUCACACGAGGGAGAAGCCACUUUCCUGUCCUGAGUGA